AUGUCAGUUGUUGUAACUCAAUGUCAAGUGAACGCUCGGAAUAAAACUGUCAGUUUGUCUGAUUUAGAUUUUGUGGUUAACCUUGGUGUAUACAAAAUGGUGAUCAUGUUGAAGAAACGCAGCGUGUGUCUAGCGGCGAUGACGUUUGCGGCGACGUGGGCUUUUACCCUGGCUCAACAGGCCCAUGUCCCCGUAUCGCCGUCACCCGUUGCUCCUGUCACCACUCCACAGCAUACAACGGCCCAAGGCAGCUUCUGGAAAGGCUUCCUGGCGUCCCUCUCCGUGGUCAUCGUCUCGGAGCUAGGCGACAAAACAUUUUUCAUCGCUGCUAUCAUGGCGAUGAAACACCCUAGGAUUAUAGUGUUCGCCGGGGCAAUAUCAGCUCUAGUACUUAUGACUAUUCUUUCUGCAGCUUUCGGCUCAAUAGCUACAGUGAUACCAAGAAUUUAUACACAUUAUAUAAGUGCGGCGUUGUUUGCCAUAUUUGGUAUAAAAAUGUUGCGGGACGGCUUUAAAAUGGAUCCCAACGAGGGACAAGAAGAGUUAGAAGAAGUACAGAGUGAAUUGAAGAGGAGAGAAGAUCAGGAAGAAAAAGAAGAAACCCUGGAUAUGUUAGAACUGGGUCAAGCAGAAAACAGACGGCGGAAACGGAACGCCGUCAUCAGAGUAUUACUCCAGGCUGCUUCGCUAACCUUCCUCGCAGAAUGGGGUGAUAGGUCUCAGCUGGCAACAGUUGUUUUAGCGACAAGAGAACACCCAAUCGGUGUGAUUAUUGGUGGGUCUUUGGGCCACGCUCUUUGUACUGGUUUAGCUGUGAUAGGCGGCAGAAUGGUCGCUUCAAAAAUUUCUGUUAGAACUGUUACCAUUAUCGGUGGUCUAGUGUUCCUGUUCUUUGCUGUCAGCGCAUUGGUUAUUGGCCCUGGAGAAUAA